ACCAUCCAUAAAUUGAGUUUGGUUUGGAAAGGUGGGGAGGAGGGUCAAUGCCGAGAGCCAUUUAUAGACAAAACGAGCAGGGAGAGAGAAAGUGCAUACAAAACUUGACAUAUCCUUUUUAGUUUCUACAAACGCGCAAGUGCAACCUGGAGCGCGCGGAGAGAAAAACGCUAAAUUAUAGCCCCGCUUGCGCGCUGCAAAGGAUAAGUAACGCUGAGGAAAACCAGACACAUGCCAUUGCUAUAAAUAACAGUGCAUAAAACAGUGCGCAAUGGCUCCGUCGCUUUCACAGGCCUACAGGAGGCGCUGGUGGAUGGCUGUCACAUCAAUCAUAGAAAACCUGCUCUUCUCUGCCGUGUUGUUGGGUUGGGGAUCUCUUCUUAUCAUGCUGAAGAAUGAGGGCUUCUACUCACACCUGUGCACAGAGAAUGUCACCGAGGCUCACGCUAAUGUAAGUUUGACGGAGCGGGCGGUUUGGCUGAGCUGUAUUGAGCAGGAGGAGAUUCUGAAUCUGGGCUUUACGAUUGGCUCGUUCAUCAUCAGCGCAGCCACUCUGCCCCUUGGUGUCCUGAUGGACAGGUUUGGACCACGUCCAAUCAGAUUGCUUGGCAGUUCGUGCUUUGCAUUAUCCAUGGCUUUGAUUGCAGUGGCGUCUUAUGAUCCAAAAGUGUUAUCAGCUAUUAUAUUUAUUGCUGUGUCCAUGAAUGGGUUCGGAGGAAUCUGUCUAACCUUCACUUCACUAACAUUGCCAAAUAUGUUCGGGAAUGUGCGGUCUACGAUUCUUUCGCUCAUGAUUGGCUCGUACGCCUCCUCUGCUGUCACCUUCCCAGGAGUCAAGCUGAUCUAUGACAUGGGCGUCUCUUUUUCUGUUAUAUUGUGGGUAUGGGCAGGGUUUGCCUGCCUCGUCUUCCUCAACUGCUUUUUUAACUGGCCGGGAGAAUCUUUUCCUGGCCCUGAGGACAUCAGAUACACGACAAUGGUGAAGUUGACAAGUGAAGAAGAGGGCCAAAAGAUGACUGAAGAAAGUUCUUUCACUCAGGAGACUCUUAAAGAGCAAGAUUUGACCAAACAACAGCCUUCCACUGAUGAAGCUCCCAGCCAUGGGACAGCUGCUCAGAGCCAGGCAGUAUCCCCUCCCUUUCAUCGUUCUGUGUGCUCUCCUAUAUUCCUGUGGAGCAUCAUCACGAUGGCCAUGACCCAGCUCCGGGUCAUUUUUUUCAUGGGCGCUAUGAAUAAGAUGUUGGAGUUCCUGGUUACCCAUGGCGACCCCAAUCCCUCAGAGGAGUUGGUGAAGGAGGCAGAGGAGAAAGUGAAUCUCUACUCGUCCAUCUUUGGCACUCUUCAGCUGCUCUGUCUGGUCUCCUGUCCUCUGAUUGGCUACAUCAUGGACUGGAGAAUGAAGGAGUGCGAGGACGUGGUGAAUUCAGCAGAGGGUGAAAAAAGUCCCUCCAGGCAUCCAAAAAGGGACCGAAAGAUCCAGAAACUCACUAACGCCAUCAGAGCGUUCAUCUUAACUAACACUCUGCUAGUCAUCUUCGGCAUCAUCUCUCUCAUUGACAAUCUGCCCGUACAGGUGGUGUCAUUUGUUCUUCACACUGCAGUUCGAGGUUUUUUUCACUCCUGCUGUGGUGGGCUCUACGCUGCUGUCUACCCAACCAAUCACUUUGGCACUCUGACGGGCUUGCAGUCCACGAUCAGCGCUGUGUUUGCCCUCCUACAACAACCACUCUUCAUGUGCAUGGUGGGACCGUUGCGGGGUGAUCCUUAUUGGAUCAACUUGGGCCUGCUUGUGUUCUCAUUGGUUGGAUUCCUGCUGCCCGGAUACCUCUUCUACCACCGGAGACAAAUUAUGAAGGAGAAGGCAGCGCUUAAUAGUCUGUCAAUGAGCCAGACGGUGCAGGAGAGCGACAGUCUCAACCAAACAAGCGAUUCAGCAAAAUAUCAAUCAAACGGGAACGCCUGAGGUGGAAAACAUUGACAGUUGAGGCGUAUGUGAAUUAUACGCCUGGUUUAUGAAUUAUGAUAUCAUGGCACUUCAGAAACGGAAUUAUUGACUUCGUGUUCAGUCACUGUGGAGACUUGACAAAUAUAAAACAGUGUUAAAAAAUAGCAAAUGUGCAAUUUAAAGCUUCAGUCGAGCCUUUGAAUGAGUGACUGAGCAGAAUGUGUUUUCAAGUCUUUUAUUAUCAAUCCGAAAAACAUUAUGCCUUCACUUAAAGUAUGUAGUUUGCCGUUUUCUUCAAUUAUUAAUAUUGCAUGGACACUUUGAAAUGUCCAUUAAAAUGGUAGCAGAACCAGAAGGGAGACUUAUAUAUAUAAAAAAAUUAUAAAUGUCCUUCUGUGAAGCACCUCCUUUCCUCAUCACUUUUGUUAGUCAGUAUGAAUCAACAUUUGCUCCAUUUAUUUGAAAAGCAGUGUUAUUGUUUUUCAGGGCAUUUUAUAACAUAUACAAUCAUUCUGUGUUUAGAAUCUAAAAUCAAAACUCGAUCCAACUUGCUUAAAAAGGUAACCUUACCUUUAGUCCUUGUGUCUCGAUCAAAAAGCUGAAAUUUUCAGGAGAGUAGCUCACAAAUGAUUGGGAACUUUUAUUCUACCAUAUUCAAGUCUUCAUUAUGUAUGUGCAGGACACAAACAUAAUCAAAUUAACAAAAUGAAAAUAACACGCCAUUUAAAGAAUGUUUUCCUAACAGGUAAAACUUACCAUGACAUGGAUCGUUUUAAUAUUAAAAGUUUGCUAUCCCUCUUUUACUAAGCUUGAGAGAAAUGCAGCGUUACGUGAAAAUGGUAAAUACAGAUGAUUCUUUUUAUUGCAGAGGCCAGUUUUUUUACUAUAUUUGUUGUUUCGAAAGUACUGUUCUGUAUGUUUCAGGACUGUAAUCAUGUUACCGGUUUCAGUGAUUCUACUGAUUGUCCAACAUAAUGGUGCUUGUGCUGUGCUCACGACUGUAAAUAUGCCUGACAGGGGGGAAAAAAAUCAAAUAAAUUCAAAUAUUUUCUCACAAAUCA